CGGACAUUUUCUUAGCUGCUUACGUUGGCACGAUUAAAGUAUAAAUUGGAGGUUGAAAGCGAUCCAACGUUACUUUCUCGGGCGAUGUCCGCGGCUUUCAAUAUGUGGCUACCACUGACGGUGUUAUUGCUUGCGGGAAUAGCUUCAGCAGACUACGAUCAUGGCUGGCAUGUCGAUAAGGAAUACGUUUAUCUUGUACGAAGUCGAACACUUGUCAGUUUGGAUGAAUUAUCCGAUGAGUAUGCCGGUAUCCUGAUGAAAGCAUUACUCACGAUACAAGUCAAAGAUCCUCAGUUGCUAACUGCGAAGGUGUCGCAGAGUCAAUAUGCUCAAAUCCUCAAAUCUUUACCGGAAGGCUGGGACACUGAGAUCUCUGACCAAAUGUUGGAACUCCGUGACAUGCCUCUUUCUGGUAAACCGUUCAGUAUCAGGCUGAAACAUGGCGUGAUCAGGGACAUCGUCGUGGAUCGUACCAUCCCAACCUGGGAGGUGAACAUCCUGAAGAGUAUCGUUAGCCAGUUGCAAGUGGACACCCUGGGUGAGAACGCGCAAAGAUCGAUCGAUACGCAGAUUCCAACCGACCAAGAACCGUACGGAAUGUUCAGAGCUAUGGAAGAUUCAGUUGGCGGAAAAUGCGAAGUUCUUUACGAUAUCACGCCGCUGCCAGAGCAAAUCGCCCAUACUCAACCAGAAUUGGUUCCUAUACCGAAGUUGAAGGGGGAUGGACAGAAUAUUGAAGUCCGCAAAUCGAAGAACUUCGACAAAUGUGAUCAGAGGAUGAACUAUCAGUUUGGUAUAACUGGCAACAGGUAUUGGGAAGCUGGGUCCAAUAAGAAUGGAAAAUUCUUCUCGCAAUCUGCGACGAGCAGAAUCAUCCUCUCAGGAACGCUGAAGAGCUACACCAUUCAAUCGACGGUGACUAACAACAUAAUGUACAUCAGCCCAAAAUUCUACGACCAUGGACACGCGUUGGUAGCCGGCAGGAUGAAUCUAACCUUGGCUACCGUGAAAAAAAUUACGAGUCCUCUGCCCAAACCUAACUCUCCGGAAUCCACUGGCAACCUGGUUUACACUUACAGCAAUCCUUUCUCAGAUACCGAGGAACGCAGAGUCGGCAAAGUAGUCGAGGAUUCGGAUAAUUUGAUGGUUUCGGAUAGCAUCAGUUCUAUUAGCUCGAGCGAAGAAACUACGAAGGAUCUGAAUCUUCGAGGCACUUCAUCUGAAUCGUCCAGCUCGUCCAGUUCGAUUUCCAGCAGCGAGGAGGACAAUUACUGGCAGCCUAAACCCACGAUGGAAGAUGCUCCUCAGAAUCCUUUGUCGCCCCUAUUAAUUGGCUAUGACGGCAAAUAUAUUGGAAAAUCUGAUGAAGUGGACGUUGUAGCGAAAAGCAAAGAACUUAUUUCCCAAAUGGCCAACGAGAUGGAAGAUCCGAACGACGUGUAUAAAAACCAAAUUCUCGAGAAGUUCACGAUCCUGACCAAUCUACUUCGUACGAUGAAUAAGGAGCAAAUGUUACAAGUCGAUAUGGACGUACGUCUUUCUCCUAACGAGCUGAAAUCGUUGGACAAGACUCUGGUUCCUAAACAGAACGCUUGGAACGUGUUGAAAUCCGCUGUCGCUCAAGCUGGAACUGGACCAGCCUUCCUGGUUAUCAAGAACUGGAUCGAGACGAAGGAAGUCGAUUCCGAGACAGCUGCAAAUCUCUUGGCUAAACUUCCCAAGACAGCUCGUGCACCUACUGCUGAAUACAUCAGAGAGUUCUUCAACCUAGCUAUAGGUGAGACAGUGAAGAACGAUCUAGCCAUCAGCGGCCCGGCGAUCAUAGCAUUCACCGAGUUGGUCUAUAACGCUCAAGUGAGCAGAAAAGGCGUGCACAAUCACUAUCCGGUGCAUACGUUCGGUCGUCUCACGUCCAAACACGAUCAGGCAGUUACCGAAUAUUACAUCCCCUACUUGGAGAAGGAAUUGAAGAAAGCCGUCGAAAGUGGCCAAAGCACGGUUAUUCAGACUUACAUCGUGGCUUUGGGUAAUAUCGGUCAUCCGAAGAUUCUCCCCGUUCUCGAGCCUUACCUGGAAGGCAAAGUAGAAGUGACGGUAUUCCAGAGGACGCUGAUGGUCUCAGCUAUGGCCAAACUGGCUGGAAAUUUUCCAAAAUUGGCGCGUUCGAUUUUGUACAAGAUCUAUCUGAACACCAUGGAAGAACACGAAGUGCGUUGCACCGCUGUCUUCAUUCUGAUGACGACCGAUCCUUCGUUAACCAUGUUGCAACGAAUGGCAGAAUUUACCAAGAUCGACAAGAACAAGCACGUGAACUCGGCCGUGAAGUCGACUCUGGAGAGCCUGGCGGACCUGAAGAACCCCGAAUAUCUAACGCUGGCGAAGAAAGCUCGCAUUGCAAAGAAUCUACUGAGUCCAAGGGAUUACAGUUACCAUUAUACUCGCGGAUACGCCACUGAAUGGCUCACGAACAGAGGGAAUAUCAUUUCUUACAUCUUGCUGAGGUACAUUGGCAACGAUGAUAGCUUGAUUCCUAACGCUAUAUACUACGCCGUGUACUCUUCUUACGGAGACUUCAAGUUCCCUCCGUUCGAAGUGGUAACCAUGGUUUCGAGCAUUAAGUCCUUGUUGGAGUUGAGCACUAACCCGGAAGAGAAGGAAGGUAUCAGAUUGGCGGCUGAGAAGAUCGCCGAACAGUUGAAUAUCAUUCCUGACCAACCUGUUCCUCUGGAAGGAAACAUAAUAUGGAACGGGAAGUAUGGAAUGAAGUUCUCCUCCUUCGAUAAGACCUCCCUCUCUCUAUUCCGUGAAUUGUUGCUCGUGUAUAUGAAAGGCGAAAAGAAAGGACAGCUCAUCAACCAAUUAGGAUCCUACGACGUAACAUACGGCUUCCCCACAGAAACCGGAUUGCCAUUCGUCUACAGUUUUGAAACACCGAUGCUUCUCAAGAUCACUGGAGAUAUCAGCAACGAGGCGAAGAGUUUAAAGACUAUCAAAUCGAAAACCGAUUUUCGUAUACUCUAUGCAAUGAAGACUCAAGGAAGAAUUAGCUUCGUCACGCCGUUUGAGCACCGGCAGUACAUCGCCGGCGUCGAUCUGGACUAUAACCUUUACCUACCAAUGAAGCUGACUCUGGACGUGGACCUUCCUAAGCACAGCAUAGAAAUAAAGAUUUGGCCAUUGAAGGGAGAAAACACGGCACGAUUAUUGCAUUAUAGCGUCGUUCCAUACGUCGCCAGUCACGACAUUUUGAAUUUACGUCCUCUGCUCACCGAGAAAACAACGCAAGUACUACUUCCCGACGAUAUCUAUUCCGAUACUAUCCUAAAUUGGGAUAUAGCGAAAAUGACCCUGGAAGUUGGCGAAUCUUACAGCUACAAGAACUGGCUUGACGUGGACAUCGAUGACUUGUUAAAAGCUGCUAUGACUCCGUGGAUCUCGGAUAACAACAACUACCGCAAAAUAGACAUCUUCCUGAAUCUGAAACGCGAACAGAUAGCACCAUUCGUAUUAAAAGUAUCGUAUGACUCUAUGGAACUGACACCCGCCGCUACAGACACUACACUGUGGACACCCAAAGCUACAGCCCUGGAGCCAUCUGACAAGAAGCCUGACAGCGAAGCUCGUAGGAAACAAUGGAUGGAGGAGGCUGCCAAGGGUAUUAAAUCGGCCAAAUCACAGGUGCUAGAUAUUCAAGUAGAAAUUCCAAUGACAAGCGAAGAGAGUAUCGUGAACGUUAUAACCAUCGCCACGUCCUACAGCGAAGUUGAGAAGAAAGGACGAAUGCUGGUAUAUUGGGGCUCUGAAAACUUGUUCGAACUCUGCACGACUUCCCAGACGAAGGUCACGCCAGACAACACGGUAUUCUACGAUCAGGUCUCUCAAUUAAAACCUAAGGUAGAAUUUAAUGCAGAUUUGCGCUUUGGAAAGGUCUGUUCCACUGGUGAACAGUUAAACAUCAACAUUGAAGCUACCCAGAGUAAGAAGUUAAGGGAACGGAUCAAGAAUGCAUCUUUGAUCAAAAUCUGCGAGAAACAAAUGGAUCAGGGUAACAAGAUCCUCCGAGUCUGUCAAAAUGCUGCUGCGAUCUCUCUGAUUCUUGAUCAAAUAGCUGUCUCCAUGGAUUUCCAAUCGCCGUCGAUCGUGAAUUUCAUCACCAAGGCUCUCACCGUCCUAAUAAACGCCGAUUAUUUGAAAGAAUACGCGGACGUUCACACAGAGUUAUUGAAUCCUAAGAUCGCCGGCAAGAAGAAGAUCGACAUCACGGCCAAUCUGACCGACGAUUUGGAAACAGCUGACUUAUUAAUCUCUACUCCGACUAUGAGAAUUCACAUCAACGACAUAGACCUGCCUGCUUUUGAAAUUACUGCGGCGGACGCCCUGAUGGCUGCAGAUGAGGACAUGGAUAUUCAAAACCUCUUGUACAAUAAGGACGAACCCGCCUGUAUAUUGGAUAGCACCAGGGCGCAAACAUUCGAUAGCAAUGAGUAUCCUCUGAGAUUAGGCAACUGCUGGCACGUCGUCAUGACCACGUAUCCUCGAGUGAACCCAGAUAAUCCGGACGAGAAGAUACAUAUGCACAAAUUCGACAGCGUGAGCAUCCUCGUUCGUGAAUUGGAAAACGGACUGAGGGAAGUGAAAGUUUUACUUGGUGACAAGGAGAUCAAAUUUUUACCUACUUCGACCCAAGUACAAAUUUUCGUGAACGAACAGCUCAUCAAGGUAACUAAGGACAUGAGUUGGCAGGAAAGGAAGGACGACGAGGUCUUGUACGAGAUCUUCCUCGUCAAUGAUUACACUGUCGGUUUGGUUUCUGACAAAUACGAACUGACGCUUAUUUACGAUGGAAAACGUAUGAUGAUGAAGGCGGGCGACAAAUUCCGCAAAGCCAUUCGUGGUCUCUGUGGUAACUACGAUGGGGAGUCCACCAACGACUUUACGGCUCCCAGGAGUUGCAUUCUUCGAAAACCCCAGCAAUUCAUCGCCAGCUACGCUCUGACCAAGGAGCAAUGCGAGGGUGAGUCUUUGGAGAACUCGAAAUUGCUGACGGACCACGAUUGCGUACGCGAAGAGAGAAGUCGUUUGAGCAACGUGAUCAGCGACAAGGAAUCUGGACGAAAAGAUACUGAGGAAUCAAGCUGGGGAUACCAUAAACAAGUUAAAAGCAAACAGUGCACCGUCAUGAAUAUUCACAUAAAGGAGACUGACCACACGAUAUGCUUUACUAUUCGUUAUGUGCCUUCCUGCGCACCUGGCUGCCAGGCUACCGAGAUAAAAUCGAAAGAUUAUCAAUACCACUGCAUGAAGAAGGACAAAACUUCGCUGGCCUUGAAAAACAGAAUCAAUAAGGGUGCCAAACCUGAUCUCAGCCAGAAGUCAGUUACCUUUACCGAACCCUUAAACGUUCCUCUUGCUUGCAAGGCCUAAUUCCGGUGUACCUUGCUUACCUACCUCAUAUACUUACAUGUUCUUGCUAGUAUCUGCGGUAAUUUUAUAUUUAGCUCGUAAUCCAAUGUUUUAGUAAAAUUUACUCUUUUCAAUA